AUGGUCCCGCCCCCUGUGCGCUUGUGCCAACAGGACAUUACCAUUACGCACGGUUCUCUGACAGAUCCAGCGCUGUCCCACGAUCUGGUUGGGUUGUCUCUCUGGACGAUGGCUGCAGUGGGACAGGGACCCGGUGCGCCUCCGUGCGUCACCAAAGUCUCUCUGAGCGUGUCGUGUGAAAGCCUCAUGGACAUGGACGCCUUCUCCAAGUCCGACCCGCUCUGUGUGCUCUACGUCAGCACGUCUGGGGCUCAGUGGUGCGAGAUCGGUAGAACGGAGAAGAUCAUGAACUGCCUGGACCCCAAGUUUUCCAAAAGCUUCAUGGUGGAUUAUUACUUCGAGAUGGUGCAAAAGCUGAAGUUUGAAGUCUACGACAUCGACAGCGAGACCUCCAGCCUGGUGGACGCAGACUUCCUGGGGCAGCUGGAGUGCACUCUGGGACAGAUCGUAUCGUCCAGGAAAUUCACCAAACCGUUGCUACUGAGAGACAAGAGGCCUGCGGGACGAGGGACCAUCACUAUUUGUGCAGAGGAGAGGACAGACAACAGAGUGGUCGACUUUGAAAUCUCAGCCAGAAAUCUGGAUAAAAAGGAUUUCUUUGGAAAAUCGGAUCCGUUCCUGGAGCUUUACAGACAGACUGAGUCCGGAUGGCAGCUGGCUCACAGGACAGAGGUGGUCAAAUACAACCUAAAUCCAGUCUGGAAGCCUUUCAGAGUUUCACUACAAUCACUAUGCAACUGCGACGUCGAGAAGUCUAUCAAGAUCGACUGUUACGACUACAAUAACAGCGGCUCACACGACUUCAUCGGGUCGUUUCAGGCCUCGCUCUCUCAGGUCCAGCAGGCGACACAGACAUAUGCGGCUGAAUUUGAAUGCGUAAACAGCAAGAAGAAGCAAAAGAAGAAAGGAUACAAAAACUCUGGUGUCAUCGUCAUUAAGAAAUGCAAGAUUAUUAAAGAGUACACAUUCUUGGAUUACAUCAUGGGCGGCUGUCAACUUAACUUCACUAUUGCCAUAGACUUCACCGGCUCUAACGGAGACCCCCGGACCCCCCAGUCUCUGCACUACAUCAACCCUCAAGGCUACAACGAGUAUCUGGCUGCGAUCUGGUCCGUGGGAAACGUCAUCCAAGACUACGACAGUGACAAGAUGUUCCCUGCUUUUGGGUUUGGAGCCAUGAUCCCACCAACAUGGCAUGUUUCUCAUGAGUUUCCCAUCAACUUUAACCCAGCAAACCCAUUCUGUGAAGGUGUGGAGGGAGUGGUGACAGCGUAUCAACAGUGUCUGUCUCAGGUCAAACUUUAUGGACCCACAAACUUCUCUCCGAUCAUCAACCACGUGGCUCAGUUUGGACGGCAAGCCAUGCAGCAGCAGACGGCCUUGCAAUACUUUGUGCUGCUGAUCCUCACAGACGGCGUGAUCACGGACAUGGACCAGACGCGCAGUGCCAUCGUCAACGCCUCCCGUCUGCCCAUGUCCAUCAUCAUCGUGGGAGUGGGUGGAGCCGACUUCAGCGCCAUGGAGUUUCUGGACGGAGACGACGGCAUCCUGCGCUCCGCCUCCGGGGAAGCGGCCAUGAGGGACAUCGUGCAGUUUGUGCCCUUCAGAGAGUUCAAUAAUGGUCCUCCGGAAAUGUUGGCUCAGAGCGUUUUGGCUGAAGUCCCUGGACAAGUGGCAAGUUUUUUCACUUCUAUGAAUUUGAGGCCUCCCAACAGCGGUGAUGCGCCAGCCUGA